AUGUCAACUAUUAGGUGGAUGCACAGAAAAGAGAAAAAAACAGGAAACAAAAUAAUAACAUUAAAUGAAAUAAAAGAAAGAUAUUUAGCUGAUUGUACUAACCAAAAACCCCCAAAAAAAAAAAAAUUUAUUACAUUCUAUGAAAAAAGAGGAAACAAAAUUGUAAAAAUUCAAAAUGAUAUUUAUGAAGAUGAUACAAAUGCCUAUUCUGAUGAUAAAAAAAAUAUAAUAAAAAAGGGAAAUUAUAAUGUAGAAACUGAUAAUAUAAAUAUUAACAAAAAUACAUUCUUUUUAGAAAUCCAUAAAAAAAAUCAUCAAAACUUGAGCGAAGAUCGCUUUGGUAAUUUACACGAUAAUGAGAAAAAAUACACAAACAAAAAAAUUCAUGAAAUAGAUAAAAAUAUUGGAAUAAUAAAAAAUGAUCGUGUAAAUAUAAAUCUAGACAUUAAUAUUCAAUGGGAUAAAACAGAGGAGGAGACUUUUGAAAAUGAAACGAACACAAAUAAUUAUGAUAUAAAAAUAAUAAAAAAUGACAAAAUAAAAUACGAUCAAAAUAAUAAUAAAAAAUUCCAAGAUAAACGAGUUCUAUUUGGCAGUUAUAUUAGAUCAGAUAAUAAAUCUUAUUCGAAAAAAAACGAAUAUAAUAAAUACUUUGAAGAAAAGGGUAUCAAAAAAUAUUAUGAGCCAACUUAUAAAGACAAGGAAAUUUUAAUACCUACCAAAGAUGAAUAUAAUAAUGACGAUGCAAAAAAUAACAGGGAAAACUAUGUUAAAUAUAUACCAUAUAGUAACAGUUAUUCAUAUAAUAUCCAAAAUGAAAAAAAAAAAAAAAAACUUCAAUUUGGAAACAUAGAGAAAAUAGAAGACAAAAAUAAAAUUCCUGAUCAGAGGAAAAAUCGAAAUAAAAAUAAUACAUAUAUUAAAUAUGACUCAAAUAUAUAUAAAGAUAUAAAGUAUGAGCAAUAUAAACCUGAAAAUAAUAUAAAUUCCAAUGAUUAUAUUAUUCAAAAUGAAAUCAGACGGGCUCGUCAAUGUAGUCCUGAAAUUUAUAAAAAAUAUAUAUAUACUAAUAAAAAACAAAAUAAAAUUAAAAAUGCUAUUAUAUCCUUAAUUUUUUUAAAUAAUAUUUUUUUGAAAAAAAUGAACAAAUAUUUUUAUUUUUUUAUUAAACAAUUAUUAAACCAUAAUAUUAACAAACCAAUAUAUAAGAAAUAUACAAAACUAGAGAAUGUCCAAAAAAUACCAUCAUCAAAUAAUCACAACUCUGUUCUUGUUAAAAAAAACAAUAGUCAGAAAUUAGAAACUUUAAAACCCCAAAUGUUUAUACAAUCUAACCAACGAUUUUCAACCAAUAUAUUAGAUCAAGGAUUUAUAGAAAAGAGGGAAGAAUUAGACGAGCAAAAAAUAAGUGGUAAUAACAAUCACAAAAUAAAUGACAAUAACAAUCAGAUUGAUCAGGCCUAUGUCCAUCAAAAUACAUAUAAUGUUCUACAAAAUGAAAAACUAUGCUCAUUAAAAAAAAAAAAAAAUUGCAAAAAAAAUGAAGACGUAUCGAUACUUAAAAUAAAAACAUUAAAUAGCACUUUAAUUGAUAACUUUAGUGAAAUCAAUAUAAAUGAUAAAAGUAGGAAAGAAAAUAAUUUGAAAUUUUUUUGUAUCUUAUUAUCUCUUUUUUUAAAGAAAUACACAUAUAGACAAUUAUUAAUUCCAUUUUUCCUAAUGGGUUUCAUAUCCCCAAAACAGAAAGAAAAAAGAGCAUUAAGAAAAUUCUUAAAUUCAAGAGUUUAUUUCUUAAAAUUGGUGGAUAAAAUUUUAAAGAAUCAUGAAAAAAAGAUGAUGAAAAUAUUUUUUCAAAAAUUAAUCGAAAAAAAUAAAUCAAUUGAAAGUUAUUCAAAUAAAGAAACAAACAAAAAUGACAAAAUGAAAAAAAAUAUAGACAAACAAACAAGUUUUGACGAAGAAAAAAAAGAGGAUAAACUAAAAAAUAAUUUUUAUUCAAUCGAAGAAAUAAAUGGUAAAUCCAAAUUAAAAGAAAAUCAAAAAAAAAAAAAAAACGAAGGUAUUAAUAGUAAUAACGAUCGAAAGAAAGAAACAACUCCAAGUGCAUGCUUUGGGAAACCUAAAAUAUACAGAACUGAUGAUUAUGCGAUAUUUUAUAAUAAAAAAAUUUUUAAUGAAAAAAAUAAAACAAAUAAAGAAUGCUUAUUAAGAUCUAAAUCAGAUACAUUGGUAGACUUUUUAAAAAGAUCAAAAAUGUAUAAAUUUUCAAAUAGUUUAAUGAUUGAAAAUAUUGCCGAAAGUAUAAAUAGUUCUAGUAAUAACAGUCCUUCAAAUUUUGACCAAUUUUUUACUGCAACAUAUAAACUAAGCACUAAUAAUAUAGAAAGAAACAACUAUAAAAGUCAAUUGAACUUUUCUUGUUAUAAAAAUAUGAUGGAUUAUUCUACUAUGUUUAGUAGUUAUACACAUAAAAAUAAAAAUGAUGAUAGUGAUCAGGAAAUAAAAAAUAACCAUAUUAAUAUGGAUAGUGAUUUUUUUUACAUUAAUAAUCAAAAAAAUGAGAAAAACACAAAACCAUAUAAAAUAUAUAAGAAGAAUAAUAAAAUUGAAAAAAACAAUAACAUCUCUCUUAUGCCGAUUUAUGAUUAUGAGUUUCAUAGUAGUAAAAAAAUUGAACUAAUUGAUGAAAAAAAUAUUAAUAAAAAUUUUGUGAAAAUAAGUGAAAAUGGAUACACCUCAAAAAACAUGAAUUUAAAUGAUAAAGAAUGUAUAGAAUUUUUUAAAAAUAUUAAAAAGAAACUUAAAAUAAAUUACAGAGAAAUUUUACAUACUAAUACAAAAAAAAUACCAGGCUUAGAUAUAAGUGAAUUAAAUAGCACAAUUGAUAUUUCAAAAAAUAAUCAACAAUCAUAUAAACCGGGGGAAAAAAAAAAAAAAAAUAAUAUUCGUAACGAUUCCUUUUUAAAUAAUCUAAGCUUUUUAACAGAAUCAGAUAUGGCUUUAAUAAAUAAUUUUUCUCAAAAUAUUACAAAAUAA